AUGGCAGAAAGCUCGAAUACUAAAAAGCCUAUAACCAGAACUAUAUCGGGCCUGCCUGAUCUGUUCGAUAGCAGAUCUAGAGGUGAUGGUAGUUAUAAUAAAUAUUUUACACCAUUACUAAGAAGAAGUAAGUCGUUGAAUUAUUAUGAGCCGUCAGUCGAGCAAGUCAAAACCCAUGGCAAAACCAGACGGGAGAAAGGUGUAGAAAUCGCAGCCUUAAAACCCAAAGAUUGGAAAAAAGUCUCUGUGAAGCACAGAAAGAAGUUUGAACGGCUUUCAGAAGUCUGGGAAAAUGCUGAGAGUAACACUGAAUUGAUAACAAUAAUUAACGAUAACGGCGUAUGUUUUAAAGACGAGUUCUCAAUAGGCAGUGGCAGUUAUGGUACGGAGGUGUAUGUUUGCUUGGGCUCUGACGGGAUGGAACGAGCGAUAAAACGUUUGCCAAAAGUCCUGUGUAAUUUGUUGAAAAAUGAACGAGAUAUCUUGACCUCUUCGAAUGCAGUCGAGUCGCCACGGGUUGUUUAUUAUUGUUUCUACGAUGAUACUUCCAGCCCUGACUUUGGUUAUUUGAUUUUGAAUUUGUAUGAAAAAAAUCUUGAGGAAUUCGUCAAGGAGGAAGGCGAAACGAUAACAGAAUCCCGUGCUAGAAAGAUGAUCCGUCAAGUGUUGGAAGGGCUGAAAGCAUUACAUGCUAGAGAGCCUAGAAUUUUACACAGAGAUUUGAAGCCGACCAAUAUACUUGUUGAUGUGAAUGGUGAUUUAGUGCUGUCUGAUUUUGGUAUUGGACGGUUUUUCUCGGAACAAGGUAUUUUCACAAGAUAUGUAUAUAUUUAACAAAAUUGCAGAUGCACACAUCCGGAGCAGACAUUUCAACUCACGACACGAGGCAUUCAGUGUUAAGCCAAGGAAUAUAUAUUUUCGCCCUCCCGCUGUCAAGCGAAAUUCACGACCUAUGCAAAAUAUCUGUGAUAUGACAACGCAUGACGUGUUCUGACGGAUAAUUUAUUUCACAGGUGUAGGCGCAAAAUACAUGAAUUACCCACUUGUGCUCUUGCUUCCAGUGUCUGCCACUGCAUGAACGCAUGAAGAGACCUGCAUGAAGUUUGGUUAACUCAUUAACUGGCAAAACUCUCCCAUUGACAAGUAAAUUAGCUAAGGCAUACUGUAAGAGAAAAUGAAAUACUAAUGGAGGGAGAACUGCUGAUCAAUGAGUCAAUUUUACUUCUUUACAGGUGCAACUACAUACUGUACCAAUGGCGAACGUGGAUCAAAAGGCUGGCUUGCAUAUGAAUGUAUUGACUGGGAUGGUUUAUGCUCUGAUGAGGUGCGGAACCCUUCAGAUGGAAUACAACUCAAGUGGAAAGAGAAAUCAGAUAUCCAAGUGGCAGGUAUGUUAGCAUUUUACAUCUUCACCAAAGGAAAGCAUCCAUUUGGUCCUCAAUUACAUCGAAUGAUAAAUCUACAUGAUGGCAACCCAGUGGGUUUAAGCAAGCUCAGUGAUCCUGUGGUGAAAGACCUCCUUUCUCAGAUGUUGGCUCAGGAGAUAGAUGAACGACCAUAUGCAGAACAAGCCUUAAAGCAUCCUUACUUUCUCUCAUCCGAAGAGCAGAUGAAGUUCUUAGAAGCUGUGGGCAACGAACCUGAAAUAAAGAGUUUCAAGGGCGAUCCCAACUGUGCUGUUUCCGGAGAGCUAGACAACCGUGAUCUGUCAAAACCUCGAAGCUCAUUGUUACCAAAUGACUGGAAAGCAGUCAUCGAUCCAGAUGACCUCGACACAUUUUGUGCAGGAGGUCAUACCCCCCCGUCCAGUUUUGAUGGCAGCCGUUACACGCAUUGUCUUCGAUUCAUAAGAAAUGUCCGUCAGCAUUGGGGCGACAAACGGCCACCUCCACAAUUGAAAGCUAUGGGAAAGGCUACUUCUCUUGACGAAUAUUUCCUGCAAUUAUUUCCAACCCUCCCGCUUGUUGUGCAUCAAAUCAUCAGAAAGCAUCCUGACUGGAAAACACGCCCUUCCUUGAAGGAGUUUUUCCCCGUGAUAAACCGUCGCGCAGGGCCUGAUUCAGACUGAAGCCC